AUGGCAUCAAACAGCCUCUUCAGCACAGUGACACCAUGUCAGCAAAACUUCUUUUGGGAUCCGAGCACCAGCCGGCGCUUCAGCCCUCCCUCCAGCAGCCUGCAGCCCGGCAAGAUGAGCGACGUGAGCCCGGUGGUGGCUGCGCAACAGCAGCAGCAGCAGCAGCAGCAGCAACAGCAGCAGCAGCAGCAGCAGCAGCAGCAGCAGCAGCAACAGCAGCAGGAGGCGGCGGCGGCGGCAGCGGCGGCGGCGGCGGCAGCGGCGGCCGCCGUGCCCCGGUUGCGGCCGCCGCACGACAACCGCACCAUGGUGGAGAUCAUCGCUGACCACCCGGCCGAGCUCGUCCGCACCGACAGCCCCAACUUCCUGUGCUCUGUGCUGCCCUCGCACUGGCGCUGCAACAAGACCCUGCCCGUGGCCUUCAAGGUGGUAGCCCUCGGAGAGGUACCAGAUGGGACUGUGGUUACUGUCAUGGCGGGGAACGAUGAAAAUUAUUCUGCUGAGCUCCGAAAUGCCUCUGCUGUUAUGAAAAACCAAGUAGCAAGGUUCAACGAUCUGAGAUUUGUGGGCCGGAGUGGAAGAGGCAAGAGUUUCACCUUGACCAUAACUGUCUUCACAAAUCCUCCCCAAGUAGCCACCUAUCACAGAGCUAUUAAAGUUACAGUGGAUGGACCCCGGGAACCCAGAAGGCACAGACAGAAGCUUGAUGACUCUAAACCUAGUUUGUUCUCUGACCGCCUCAGUGAUUUAGGGCGCAUUCCUCAUCCCAGUAUGAGAGUAGGUGUCCCGCCUCAGAACCCACGGCCCUCCCUGAACUCUGCACCAAGUCCUUUUAAUCCACAAGGACAGAGUCAGAUUACAGACCCCAGGCAGGCACAGUCUUCCCCACCGUGGUCCUAUGACCAGUCUUACCCCUCCUACCUGAGCCAGAUGACGUCCCCGUCCAUUCACUCCACCACCCCGCUGUCUUCCACACGGGGCACGGGGCUUCCUGCCAUCACCGACGUGCCCAGGCGCAUUUCAGAUGAUGACACAGCCACCUCUGACUUCUGCCUCUGGCCUUCCCCUCUCAGUAAGAAGAGCCAGGCAGGUGCUUCAGAACUGGGCCCUUUUUCAGACCCCAGGCAGUUCCCAAGCAUUUCAUCCCUCACUGAGAGCCGCUUCUCCAACCCACGAAUGCACUAUCCAGCCACCUUUACUUACACCCCGCCAGUCACCUCAGGCAUGUCCCUCGGUAUGUCCGCCACCACCCACUACCACACCUACCUGCCACCACCCUAUCCCGGCUCUUCCCAAAGCCAGAGUGGACCCUUCCAGACCAGCAGCACUCCAUAUCUCUACUAUGGCACUUCGUCAGGAUCCUAUCAGUUCCCCAUGGUGCCGGGGGGAGAUCGGUCUCCUUCCAGAAUGCUUCCGCCAUGCACCACCACCUCGAAUGGCAGCACGCUAUUAAAUCCAAAUUUGCCUAACCAGAAUGAUGGUGUUGACGCUGAUGGAAGCCACAGCAGUUCCCCAACUGUUUUGAAUUCUAGUGGCAGAAUGGAUGAAUCUGUUUGGCGACCAUAUUGAAAUUCCUCAGCAGUGGCCCAGCGGUAUCUGGGAGCCGCAUCCCAAAUGUAUCAAUAUAUACAUAUAUAGAGAGAGUGCAUAUAUAUGUAUAUCAAUUAGCUAUCUACAAAGUGCCUAUUUUUUAGAAGAUAUUUCAUUCACUCACUCAGUCAUGAUCUUGCAACCACAGGAGGGUAGAGAUACUGAGAAGCAAAAGGCCCGAGAGAGACCAUCCUAUUUAGGUUUCAGAUUGUUUUCUACUUAAAAUGUACUUUUACAAACCAAGGAAAAAGGUAUUUUUUUUUGUUGUGGUGUUGUUUGGCCUGUUAUCACAAAUCACCUGUUCCUAUGCCAAGUCAGAGAGGUGGACUCCAGGUUCAGGAGGAAGAAGAGCAAAGCCGCUUCCUCUCUGUGCUCUGAAACCACACACCCUCGCGGUAGCAGCUGUGUUUGGACCAGUGCACUCUGCAGACCAGCUUCCAAAGCCGGUCGAGGUGCACGU